AUGCAAAGACAAGCAACUGAAGAUAUACCAAUAGGCAAAGACCUCGUGCCACCUCUGCCGCCCCUAGCCGCCGCCCUCCACAAUUCAACCCUCUCCACCCACUGCGCCGCCUGUUUCUCCCUUCUGCCAACCCAACCAUUUGAUCUUCUUAUCCCGCCCGUCUCCCAAUUUUCCCAACAUGUCCCCGAUGGCACUCCCACUCUUUUCUACUGUUCGCCUCGGUGCUCGUCCCUUGAUUCUUCGCUCCACUUCUCCUCCGCAGAAGGGCAACUGCUUUCCCGUCUCCACAAAAAGCCUUCCUCCGAGUGGCCAGACUCCUCCAAUCUCCGCCUCUCCCUUCGCCUUCUUCACAAAUUCGAACAAGAGAGGGAUUUGCGAAGAAUGUCAGGCUUAGAGAACAAUGAUAACCAUCUCCCGUUUCAAGAAACUGAGAAUAAGGAAGGCCCAGAUGAAUAUUUUGAGAGAAAAGAACAGCCUAAUGUAGAUAUGAAAAAUUGGAAUCAAGAUGACGGAGCUUGGGAGAGAAUUGCCGGUCUGAUGACCAACCGUGAAAGGUUGAUAUUUCAAGAAGAUAAGAACGACUAUUUACAAGAAACUGGAAAUGGGGAGGACCCAGAUGAAAACGUGAAGAAUUCCAGUGAGAAGGACGCCUUUUUGAAGAGGAUAAGGAAGGGAGCAAAGCUGAUGGCAAUGGCUAGGAGGAUGCACGGCAGUGACGUUAAUGUAAAUGUGGUAUCGCCAAAGGAGUAUGUGGUGGAGGAGAUGGUUUUGUGUUUGGUGCUAACAAAUGCUGCGGAGGUGCUAGACAAGAGUGGAUGCAGUGUAGGAGUUGCUGUUUAUGGAACCAUGUUUUCUUGGUUUAAUCAUAGCUGCUCUCCCAAUGCUUGGUACCGGUUUUUGACGGGGCCAGAACAUGCAGAUGACUUGCGAUCGAGGAUUUCUCUGUCUACAAUGGAAAAUGGAAAUGAGAUAUUAAUAGAAGGAAAAGAGGCAUAUGGCCCAAGAGUAAUAGUUAGGAGUAUAAAAGCUAUUAAAGAAGGAGAGGGCGUGACAAUUGCAUACACGGAUGUGUUUCAGUCUAAGAAGAUGAGGCAGUAUAUGUUAUGGAUGAAGUACCAGUUCAAUUGUGGCUGUAAACGCUGUAGUGCUGAACCUGCAAGUUACGUGGAUUGCGCUUUGCAAGCAAUAUAUGCUGUCAAAGUCGAUUGUCUAGAAAAGAUUUCUGAUCAUGACCUCUACAGAGACGAAGAAAUAGAGAAUUUAACGGAUUUCAUUGACAAUGUUAUUAAUCACUAUCUAUGCUUUGGUGAUCCGAAAUCAUGUUGUGAGAAGCUCGAAAACUUGCUCAGUCAUGGGCACUUUGUUGAGCAGCUAGAACCAAAGGAAGCAGAAUCACGUCAAAUAUUGAAGUUGCAUCCCUUUCAUCAUCUUUCUUUGAAUGCCUAUGCCACAUUGGCUUCAAUGUAUAAAGUCCGUGCAAAUGAUUUGUUAGCUCUUGAUUCUGGAAUCGAUGGAGAUAAUUUUGAAGCCUUCAACAUGCACAGAACAAGUGUUGCAUAUUCUUUAUUGCAUGCUGGAGUGACGCACCAUCUUUUUACAUUUGAAUCUUCUUUCAUAGUUUCUGUAGCAAAUUCCUGGAAGAAUGCAGGGGAAUCAUUGCUAAGUUUUGCUAAAUGCUCGUCUUGGAACUUGUUCCUUAAAUUAGGAACAUUUGAGAAAAUAACCAGGCAAUUCUACAAUUGUAUUUCCACUAUAACAUCAAAAGUCUGGAGAUCACUUAUUUCUGAAGGCAGUUACUUAAAAGCAAUCGAAAAUCCAAUUGAGUUUAGUUGGCUUGCACCGCCAGACUCUUUUAAGGUUGCCGAUUUUGGAGCUCACUUUCCAAAGAUUGGCAUGGAGAAAGAUUUAUCUCGAUGUGAAGCUAUGGAAUGCACCAACCAAGACACGACGAAUCUCAUUCUGCUAAGCAUCCACUGCCUAAGGUAUGGAGCAUUCUUGUCGAGCAUCUGUUACGGUUUACAUCCUUAG